GUAAGACUUCUCGUCUGCCUUCUUCGUCUACCUUCUUCGUCUCUUCCUCUCCCUCGAUCGAUCUCGUUUCGACCUACUUUUAGCUGGGUAUUUUUUUUUCUUCUGAUUUUUAGUACGAUGUAGUGAUCUCUAUUUUCUAUUAUUUUGCGAUUUUUCUUCCCCCCCCCAAUAAUCAAGAAUAUUGGAGAGCAUUCGUUGAAACCCUAUCCCUAGAUCGGCUUCCGGAUUUCGUUCUCACCUCCAUAUGUACCUAAAUUUCUCGUAGCAGACGCAUCUGUUACUUUUUCUUUUGGUUUUUUCCUCUUGGGCGCAGCUCGAGUUCUUGAUUUUUGUUGUCUCUAAAGAAAGACGAAGAUUCUUGAAUAGUUCAAUGCUGAAUCUCAUAGAUUGUGACGAAGAUUCUUAUCUCAUAGAUUGUGACGAGGAUUCUUAUCUCGUAGAUUGUUCUUUUUUAUGAUGUGCUCAAGAUUCUGAGGAUAUCUUGGAGCCAUGGUUUUCUUCAGAAGUGUUGCGGUGCUCUCGAAGCUCCGUUCUCGUCUUGCCCAGCAGUCUACUUCACUGGCUUCUGCGCGGUGGUUUCAAACCCAGAGCGCUGCAGAUCUUGAUCUUCAUUCUCAGUUGAAGGAUUUGAUUCCGGAGCAACAGGAGCGCUUGAAGAAACUGAAAGCAGAAAAUGGAAAAGUUCAACUCGGAAAUAUCACUGUUGAUAUGGUUAUUGGUGGAAUGAGAGGAAUGACUGGUUUGCUAUGGGAGACAUCUUUACUUGAUCCAGAUGAGGGCAUUCGGUUUAGGGGCCUCUCUAUUCCUGAAUGUCAGAAACUGCUGCCUGCUGCGAGUCCUGGGGGGGAGCCUUUGCCUGAGGGUCUUCUGUGGCUUCUUUUGACUGGCAAGGUGCCAAGCAAAGAACAAGUUGAUGCACUAUCAAAAGAACUGCACAGUCGCUCAAAAGUUCCAGAUAAUGUUUACAAGGCAAUCAAUGCUCUUCCGGCAACAGCUCAUCCAAUGACACAGUUUACCACUGGUGUUAUGGCACUGCAGGUUGAAAGUGAAUUUCAGAAGGCAUAUGAUAAAGGGUUAUCUAAAUCAAAGUUCUGGGAGCCGACAUAUGAGGACUCUAUGAACUUAAUUGCACGAGUUCCAGUUGUGGCUUCUUUUAUUUAUCGAAGGAUUUACAAGGAGGGACAAAUCAUACCCGCGGAUCGUUCUCUGGAUUAUGGUGCAAAUUUUUCUCACAUGCUGGGAUAUGAUGAUCCAAAAAUGCUGGAGUUGAUGAGACUUUAUGUAACAAUUCACAGUGACCAUGAGGGUGGGAAUGUUAGUGCACAUACUGCUCAUCUGGUUGCUAGUGCUCUGUCAGAUCCAUACCUUUCAUUUGCAGCUGCACUUAACGGUUUGGCUGGCCCACUCCAUGGUUUGGCUAAUCAGGAAGUGCUUUUAUGGAUCAAAUCCGUGGUAGAAGAGUGUGGAGAAAACAUUACAACUGAACAGUUGAAAGACUAUGUCUGGAAGACUUUAAAUAGUGGCAAGGUUGUUCCUGGAUAUGGGCAUGGAGUUCUACGUAAAACGGAUCCAAGAUAUACAUGCCAAAGGGAAUUUGCGUUGAAGCAUUUACCUGAUGAUCCAUUGUUCCAGCUGGUUUCAAUGUUGUAUGAAGUUGUUCCUCCGAUACUUACUCAGCUAGGCAAGGUCAAGAAUCCAUGGCCCAAUGUUGAUGCUCAUAGUGGAGUCUUGCUGAACCAUUUUGGUUUGUCUGAAGCAAGGUAUUACACUGUUCUAUUUGGUGUCUCAAGAAGCAUAGGGAUAAGCUCCCAGCUUAUAUGGGAUCGUGCUCUUGGAUUACCGCUCGAGAGGCCAAAGAGUGUGACCAUGGAAUGGCUUGAAAACUACUGCAAGAAAGCUGCUUGAGCGUAUAAGCAUCAUAAUUGGAGAUAAUUCACCACGCUGAUUUUCUUGUGCAAUAAGAGAAACAGGGGGCACAACAGGCGAGCCUUGCAUGUGUUGUUUAAGCGGAAAGAAUAAUUUGGGCAGCAUUCUUUUCUUAUGUAGCAGUUAGAAACUUUUGAUGGCCAUCCAUCUCCAGUCACACUGAUUGGACCUCAUGCUAUAGCCACUUGGAUCCUGAGAGUUAAGGAAAGUUUGAGCUCAAUUUUGUCGAUCUAAUAUCCAUUGGAUCAAACUUGUUCCCCUGUGAUCCUGAGGUUUGAACUCGUUGAGUGAUUCAAUGUAUUCUUUUGCUAUUACUGUUUUCCUUUUUUGCCCCCUUGGAAGUUGGAAACACUGCCCGAAGGAAGUUUAGGUGGUAGCCCUUUGCGAUUCCUGGAAGGAAUCAUUCGAUGCAUAAUAUAUUUUUGAAUUUUUACAA